AGUUCACCGCCGCGUCGCGUCACGAGUACAUGUGUCGUGCGCACACGAACAAACGCGCCUCUUGAAAACGAUCGACUCAUAAAUCCAGUGAGAGAGGGCGACCUCUCUGUAACAGACAAAAUAGCUUCACAAGUGGAAAUGCCGACGAGCUUUUUCGGCGACCUGGGAGGCGGGGGUGGGCUGGUGGAGGACCAGCGUACGCUUCAACUGGCGCUCGAACUAAGCAUGCUGAACUUCGGGGAUAGCUUGCCGUCGUCAUCCAACCCGCUGGCCAGCCCGCUCGGCUUCGCGCCGCCGCCUGACGAUCGUGCGAAGAAGUCGCAAAAUAUGACCGAAUGCGUGCCAGUGCCGUCUUCGGAACAUGUAGCGGAGAUAGUCGGCAGACAAGGUUGCAAAAUCAAAGCUCUAAGAGCAAAAACUAACACAUACAUAAAGACGCCGGUGCGUGGUGAAGAACCUGUGUUCGUGGUGACCGGCCGCAAAGAGGAUGUGGCGCGAGCAAAACGUGAAAUCCUGUCAGCGGCGGAACACUUCUCUCAAAUACGCGCAUCGCGCAAAUGUGGAGCGGCGCCUCCUCCACCUGCCGGGGCGCCCGGGCAUGUCACCGCACAAGUGCGCGUGCCUUACCGCGUCGUCGGCCUCGUAGUCGGACCCAAAGGCGCCACCAUAAAGCGUAUCCAACACACGACACACACAUACAUCGUGACGCCAUCCCGAGAACGCGAACCUGUAUUCGAAGUCACCGGUUUACCUGAGAGCGUAGAAGCGGCCCGCAAGGAAAUCGAAGCACACAUCGCCCUACGCACUGGAGCCGCCGGUGGUGCCACUGCCGCGCCAACCGACAGUGAACCACUCGCGCAGCUUUACCGUGCCGGUAUCGCAUCUUUGCUGCGACCCGAGCAGGAAGCGACUUUCUCGUCGGCCGGCUCCUGCUCGUCAGGCGGGUCUUCGGCGAGACUAGGCGAUUUACUCGGGAUUUGGUCGUCUACGGAGCGCGACGAAGGCUUAGGGGAGUCACCAUCGUUUGAAUCUCCAGGGGGCGCUGCGGGCGUUUGGGGUUGGGGUCCGACUCGGCCAUCGCCGGCUGCGUCGCCAGCGCGCGCGUGUCUAGUGUGCGGCGAGCGUGGAGUCGCAGCGGCGCUGGUGCCGUGCGGCCACAACCUGUUCUGCCUAGAAUGUGCGCAGCGGCUGGCGGCGGGUGGCGCGCCAUGCCCCGCCUGCUCAGCGCCCGCGCACACAGCGAUCCGCAUCAUCUCGUAAGCGCCAACGACGCCGCGAGCCGCCACGAGCCGCACACUCGCCCGCUAGGGAUCGGUCUUUUUUACUCGAAUCGUUAUAAAAAUAUUAAAAGAAUAAAAAUUGCGUAAACGAAAUCCUGGUGCCAAAAGUCGGCGCCCCGCCGGCACGGCCCGUCCGCCGCGCCGUACCUAUCGUAAGUCGGCAGAGUUGUUCUCGAUAUAUUUUCUUAUUAUGAACGUUUUUUAUUAGGUCGUCGAGCGCAGCGUGCGCUCGCCGCCACAGAGAGAGUCGAAGUACGUUACGAUAGAAUUUCG